UCUCCUGAUAUGGCAAAUACUUUCAAUGAUUUAUGGAGCAUUAUACCGUUUGCUAGAAAUGAAUUAAAACUAUUAAAAUAUAAUUUGGACAUAAAAAAGAUUAUGGCUAUUUGGUCUAUGCAGCAGCAUUAUCCCGUGCUAAAUGUUACACGAUAUUAUUCUAGAAAUUGUGCGAGAAUAUUCUUAGAGUUUCAGGCCGACAUGGAUCAGAAUCCAUAUUGUAUACCUGUCACAUUUACUGAGGAAGCAAGUAUAAAUUUUAAUGUAACUGGUUCAGAUAUUUAUUUGACGCCCUCAAAUCCAAAGUGGGAAAUGCACUUCUUUUUUCCAAAAAAAUGGAUAAUUUUCAACUUACAACAAAUUGGAUUUUAUCGCGUCAAUUAUGAUGACGAAAAUUGGAAAUUAAUUGCGCGUUAUUUAAAUUCUGGACAGUAUACAAAUAUACAUGUUCUGAAUCGAGCCCAAAUAAUCGAUGACUCAUUCCAUCUGAUGACACAGGGGAAACUUAAUUUUUCCACAUUUUGGGAACUCUCGAGUUAUUUAUGGCAAGAGAAAGACUAUGUGGCAUGGUAUCCUAUGUUUAAAGCUCUGGAAUACAUGUCAAAUAUUAUUCCAUUUUUUAAUUCUGAACCCUAUCCUUCAGAAGUAUUUAAGAGACCUGGGGAAAGUAUUGAAAAUCUAUCAAAACUAUUGAAAAUAACGUCAUUCGGUCGAUCUAAAGACAACUAA